AGUACACCCUGAGACGCGUUCUGCGCUCCGCUGGUUGAGCCUGAAAAGCGGGAUUGUUGUCAUCGAGCACUGCAGCGCUUCUUCUGAUCGUUCUCCUCAAAGCAUGCAGCAAAGAAAAGCUCCAAAAACACGUAACGGUUGUCAUCGAACAGCACCACCACCACCGCCCGCAUCAUGACCGACAGAACCAACAAAGACAAACUCCGACGCAGUUUGUCCUUGUCCAAGAGCAAGAAGAAAGCCGGGAGGGUCUCUGCCAGUGCUGCUGCCGCCUCAUCAUCUCCGAUCACCUCGUUCUUCAGCAGCCAGCCUCCGCCUAAGCUGGCUUGCCCCCUUUGUGGCCACUUUGUACCGAGGUUCAAGAUCAAUGAGCACAUCGAUUUGCAAUGUCAGAACUUUGAGAGAGGAGACAGCAGUGCCGCCUCAGCGGGGAAUAGUGUUGUACCAAGCAGGCAGCUGUCACCAGGAAGGAAUCCCCCCAAAUCCCCAAAGCUGGACCCGGAGAAUGAAGAGGAGGUCAAAGAGACGAAGACCAGCCCGUAUUUCAAAAAGAACAACUCCGAGCAGGCACCACGGGAGGCUAAAAGUACAAGUGGGGUCGGGAAGAACUUGGGAAGACUUCCCUCCAAGUUAUCUUUGAAAUGUCCCAAGAGGACACCUACAGAAGACAAACAUUCCCUGUUGAGUUCUGAGGCACUCGGGAGCUCACAGAAGGAAAAUCUUCAGAGUUUAGAAGACAACAAAGAUGGCGUGACAUUUAUUGACCUUACAGAAACUAGCGCAGAUACUACACCGGUGCUGGAAGAUUCGUCCUGUUCAGUUAAAGGACCUGACCUCAAGCAGAAAGCAUCGAAACUAGAGACCGUCCCGAAACUGCCCGCGUCUUCUUCCAAACUCUCAAAGAGAAAGAAGGAACCCUCCACUGGCAAGAAGGAGAAGAAAGCAAAGUAUGAGGGCCGCAGCGGGGAGUCCCGUGAGGGGUUAUCGGCUGUAGCAGAGACACCCGAUACGGACCAGCUUAAAACAGAGGCACCGUCUCGCACCACCUGGGAGGGACAUUUGAGUCCGGAGGACACGCGCGAGAAAAGUGCAGCGGCGAUUAAUGGUGAUUCACCUGCCCAGUCGGGUCAUGAGGUCGUCGCUGGGGGUGAAACAGAGAGCUCUCGGCCGCCACAGCUUCCUUACUACCUGCGUAACUUCAAGACCGUCCUGCAAGCGGUCCUGGAGAACGACGACGACAGGUCACUGUUCAACCAGGAGGAUCUGUCACUCGUGCAGGCCUUUGAGAAGCUCUCGGUCACGGGACAGAAGCUGUAUGUGAGACUCUUUCAGCGCAAACUGAAGUGGCUCCAAGUCAAUAAACUGGAUUAUGAACAGAUAUCCAGUGAUCUGGCGCCUGUUGCUGAGGAGCUGGUUCAAAGUGGUUUCCUGCAGGCAGAGAGUGACCUUCAGGAUUUGGGGGAGGCUCUGGAUCUCCUGCCGGCUCCUGAGCUCAAAGCUCUGGCCAAGACUUUCCAUUUGGGCAAUUCUGGGACUCAGAAACAGCAGCUGGUGGACGGGCUUCUCCGUCUGAGCCGGCAAAAGAGCCUCUUCUCUCUGACCCCGGCUCAGCCGAGCAUCGGGGCCGUCAUCCUCAAACGGGCAAAGCAGCUCGCGGGUUCCUGCGUGCGCCUGCGUCGCGGCCCGCGAGCCGUCUUCUCUCGAAUCCUCCUCCUCUUCUCUCUGACGGACACCAUGGAUGAAGAGGAGAUGGCGGCCGGUGGGCAGAGCCAGCUCUUCACCAUCCUGCUGGUUAACUCCGGGCGCCUGGCCUUCCCAGACUACACGGUGCAGCGCCAGGCCAAGGUGUUCCAGGACAGAGACGAUCUCAUCAGGUACGAAGCAUCUAUGCGAGCUCUGCAGGAGGUAGGGUCGGCUAUGCAGGGAGGUCAGUGGGAAGAAGCCAUGGAGCUUUACACCGCAGCCAAAAGGGUCUGGCAGGAGCUGAGGAAAAACCAUGACCUCAGUCCCCAGGAGGAGCUGCCUGUGUUCCUGCGCAGCUUCACGACCGGAUGGGCUUACACCCGGAUCUUAUCUAGAGGGGUGGAGAUCCUGCAAAGGCUACGUCAUUACGAGGAAGCAGUAGAGGAGCUGCGGUCUUUGCUGUCGCAGUUUGUUUACUGUCCUGACAGCCGAGGGCGAUGGUGGGACAGACUGGCACUGAACCUUCACCAGCACCUAAAGAAACCUGAGCAAGCAAUUUGUGCUAUCAGAGACGGGCUAUCGGACCCUCUUGUGCGAACUGGACAUAAACUUUCUCUGCACCAGAGAGCUGUUCGGAUGAACGAGUCUGCCAGCAUGAAGAAGUAUCGCCUUCAACUUAAAGACCUGCCCACUAUCCAAGUCGAAGAUGUCACGCAUGUGACCAUCCGGGGACAGCUGUUCCCUCAUGAGGGGGGCAUGGGGAAAUCCAAGUUUCUUUUACCAGCAAAUGAAGGGGACGAGAGUGCCGAGGCCACCGUAAUAUGCUCUGUGGAAGAGCUGUCUUUAGCACAUUACCACCAACAAGGCUUUGACCAAGGGAUCCAUGGAGAGGGCUCAACGUUCUCAACAUUGUUUGGUCUUCUGCUGUGGGACGUGAUCUUUAUGGAGGGCAUUCCAGAUGUUUUCAGGAAUUCUUACCAGACAUGUCCGCUGGAUCUUUACACUGACCGUUUCUAUGAGAACAGGAAAGAAGCGAUCGACACGCGUGUGCAGCUGCUCAGUGAGUCAUCAGUGGAGACUCUGCAUGACAUGUUGGAAGAUGUUUGGACCUCCCAGGAGGGUAAAGUGUGUUCACUGGUCAGCUGGGAGCGUUUCUCAUCACUUCAACAGGCCAAGUCUCUGGUGUCCUGCCUGGGUGGAGCUUUCUUAGGAGGGAUAAUAAGACGAAUGUCCAAAGACUACAGACACUGCCGCGGGGGUUUGCCUGAUCUAGUGGUGUGGAACGCCUCAAACAACAGCUGCAAGCUGGUCGAGGUGAAGGGCCCCACUGACCGGCUUUCACAGAAACAACAAAUAUGGCUGGAUGAGCUGAAGAAGCUGGGGGCGGACGUGGAGGUGUGUCACGUGACGGCAACUGGAGCCAGAGGAGCUCGCCUGGAAUGAACGGACACAAACUGACGGAUGAGACGUCGCUGAUAAUUCAUCCGAGUGUGGUCCAAAUCAUAAACAGCAACAGACUGAAACUGAAAACGUAAACGUUCUGGAAACCUUUCUGAUUCUGUGUUAUUUUGAACAUAUGUUGAUUUUUUUCAUCAACGACAUAUAUCACAAAUGUGUCCCUACUUCAAUAUAGGCAAUCUCGUGGCAGGGAUUGUGCCUUGUGAUGCGUGGGAUUAACAUCAGGAAAAACGCUGCCUUCAACGGGGAGAAAUGUAUUCUUAGAUGAAGAUCAAAAAUAACUCGCCUACAGGUAAUUCAGAGCUGAUGCAUGACAGGAUAUGCUACCAACAUCAACACCAAAGGCAUGGUGUUUCCUUUUCAUUGGUAAUGCUAUAAUCUCAGGAUCUCAGGUUGCCAAGCAACGAAUAUUCACAUUUUGUUGUGUAGUAAUUACUGUGAUAUUAUGGCGAUAAAAAAAAAAACCUGCUGUUGAAAUAACAGAGUUGUAAUCAAAGAAAAUUGUCAUUGUGCACACACUUGCUGGUUGUUCUCGCCUCUAGCGUUAAUUGAUUAAUUGCUGGGUCUAUAAAUAUUAAGGAUUAGUGUCCUAGAGCCAAAGUUGUUAUCAUCACAUUGUUGCUUCUUCUGCUGCAAAAAAACGGUCCAAAACCCAAAUUAUUCAGUCAACACAUGCAGAUCAAAUGCAGAUCCUCACAGGUAAGAAGCUGAAACGUAGGACUGCUUUUUAAAAUAAUUUUCUAUCAAGACUCAAAAAA